AUGGCAGGCGAUGGCAGUUCUAUGGCGCGCCUCGUCUCUCGCAGCCGACGACUAGCGUCAACUCGUUCGCCCUCGCCCACACACCCUCCAGCAACACCAAAGAUGUCCGCAGAAGCACCUCGCAAGUUCAUCCUGCUCAUGGAUCAGUAACUUGAGAUCAAGGUGUGCUCACACCCUCUUCUCUCCCUUCCUCAUCUGCCUCGCGCUCUCGCCUUCGCGCGGCAAAACACGCCCACGCUUCCCACCCUCGUACAGAAGACCGCAAGUCACUCCUAACCGAAGCUUUCGGCUCCGAAGUCGCCGAGGCAUUCGACCAGAACUUGGACGAGUACCAAAAGUUGCACUUUGAGGCUUGUUAGUCGCUCACCUCUCUCUCUCUCCCUCCUCGCACGUUGCCCCACUCCCCCUCCCCUCCUCUUCCCUUCCCUGCCCAUCUCGCACGUUCCACCGGGGUUCCUUUUCCGCACAGACCCAGACCGAUCUGACCUCCUUCCGUUCACUACCCAGACAAAGUAAAAGUAGCGUCCCAACGCACCAAUUUCCUCGAGCGAUCUAGAAUCGCGGCCAAAGUGCCUUCGUUCUGGGCGCGCAGUCUCCAAAACUGUCGUCAGGUCGCCGAGUUGAUCGACGCCAUCGACGAGGACGUCUUCAAUCACCUCUCGGAUGUGUGGAUCCAGCAUGAUGACAAGGACCCGAGGAAUUGGGAAAUCACCUUGGUCCGUUCCGGGUCCCCUGGGCGAAGGAUCCAACAUUACUGACCCAAACUGACCCCUCUCGUCUCUGAACCCGAAGACCUUUGAUGCCAAGAACCCCUUCUUCAGCAACAAGACGCUCACCAAGAAAUUCUCGAUUGAGCACCCGUCUUCAACGACCCCGGCAAAACCGUAUGAUCUCGAAGCCCCGCUCUACCUCUUGGCCCCCUCCAAGGAGGACGUGAUCAAGUGGACCUCGGACGAGCACAACUUGGUCAAGAAAGCGCCGAGACCCAACCUCGAGGACUUGGAGGAGUUUGACGAGUUCGACGGCGCGGGAAGCUUCUUCAACCUCUUUGGCGAGGAUGGCGAGGACAAGAUGGGCGUCGGGGAGGCCCUCUUGGAGUGGUUCGCCCAUGCGACCGAGUGAGUGCUCACGUCCUCUCGGGAUGCCGAACUUCCCUUCUUCCCUUUCCUCCAAACUUUUUUGACAUUCUCUGAAAUCUCUAUAUUUGUCACCUCGCAGAUACGCCGCGGGCCUCUCUUUCCUCUUGGAAAACAACGACGAUGAUUCCGAACUGGACGAGUUCGACCAGGGCGAUCUAGACGACGAGGACGAAGACGACGAGGAUGACCCAGAGGACUUGAACGCCGAGAUCGACUUGGAGCAAGAGGAGGAGGACAAGUCGAGGCCCAAGAAGAGGAGCAAGAAAAACUAG